AACAGUAGGACAGUGAGGUUAGGAAAGUUAUCAUUCAUUUAUUAACAGUGGUCAGUAUUCAUUGCCCAUUGUCAAAGUAGUUUUUCCAUGCGCUGUAAGCUCAUAACAUUUUAAAUCAAUCAAAUUUAAUGACUUUGUAACGCUGUCAGAAGACCCAGUCAAUUAGUUAAUCAACUUUCAGUCUUUCAUCAAGCGGAACUUGACAAUCGUGUGACAGCUCCACCAACAGGAAUUGUUAUCGACAUGACUACAAGUACUACUGCAAAAUCUCCUCCGACUCUGGAUGACAUAUUUACUCGUCCAGCAGAAGAAUUUGGAAAUGAUCCAACAGUUGAAGCGCUCUGGGCAAUUAAAGCAGGUGAACAUGCCGAAGUUUAUUUCAAUAUUCUUUGUGCAGUUGACCCAAAACUUCUAAAGUUGACUCCUCAUGACGAAAUUAUUUACACCUCCUUUAGAAAUGAAUUUCCUGACAUGAAAGUAGAUAUUAUCAAUGAAAAUGAACUCAAGAGCCCCGAACAGAAAGAAAAGUGGCGUCCUUUUUGUGAAAAUUUCAAAACAGUUGUAGAGAAUUAUAGUUUUGGCACUUUACUGAGAGCUGAUUGUAAGGAAGAUUAUUCUGAAUCCAACUCCUUCAUAGUUCCAAGGAUACAAUUUUUGGCCAUCGAAUUAGCACGCAACAAGGAAGGUUAUAAUGAUGCAAUUCGGACAAAAUUCAAAGCAAGCAAAUGAUUUUUGUUCACCUUGAUUAUUGUGUUAUUUUUAAAUUUUUAAUUCAAUAAGAUUUGUAUACAGAUGAAUUUUUACACUCCUGUUUUUUUACGUUUUAAUCAAGAUAAAGAAUGAAAAAAUCAGAAUCAAGUGUA